GAACUAUACUGUUAUUAUUAUAAAUAUAGAUAACCAUCAAAGUAGUCAAAUAGGUUGAUUUGUUAGUACCUUGACUUGAAUUUAGAGAUCAGAUCAAUCAGAUCCAUCAAAAUGACGAGUUCAGAGACAACAUCAGUCGUUCAAUGCCUUUCCAGAUGCGCAAUCAAACCCUACUACCUUCAUAUUUUGAAACAAACACAGCAGAAGCAGCAGCAACGACAACAAAAAAGAUGCAAUUUAACUCCAUGGGAUCUUUCUUUUCUCUCUGCACAUUACAUGCAUUUUGGUCUUCUGUUUUCCAAGAGACCGCCAUCAUCAGCUGCCGGUGAUCACCGGAAUCUCGUUUCCAUGACGGACGUAAUUGAUCAACUAAAGCACUCUCUUUCUAGAACACUUGCACACUUCUAUCCUCUUUCCGGACGUUUAGUAACCAAUAAACAAGAUGAUCCACCUUCAUACUGUGUUUCAUUAGAUUGCAAGUCUGAUCAAGGAGUAGAAUUCAUCCAUGCUUCAGCCGCUCUCGUGACCUUAAAUGACAUCCUUUCUCCAAUUUAUAUACCACCAUUCAUUAAGUCAUUCUUUGCCGCGUACGACAGUGGAGAUAUGACUACGAUAAAUCAUGAUGGUCAUACCGUUCCAUUGCUCGGGGUCCAAGUAACUGAACUUGUAGACGGUAUUUUCGUUUCUGCCUCUUUUAACCAUGUUGUUGGUGAUGGAAACUCUUUUUGGCAUUUCUUUAAUUCAUGGGCAGAAAUCUCUAGAACGGGGAUGAGAAAUGAAGUCAACUGCAUCUCACGUCCACCUAUCAUUGACCGCUGGUUUUUGAAGAAAAGCCAAGAGGAGGUGGGUGAUGAUGAUGAUGAUAUCAUCAACCUUCCUUUCUCUCAUCAUGAUGAGUUUAUCGGGAGAUAUCCACCGCUGUCCGAUCUUGUGGAGAGGAUCUUCCAUUUCUCGGCCGAGUCUUUGUCACGGCUAAAAGCCCAGGCAAACAGUGAGCAUCAUCGUCCACAUGAAGUAUCUUCAUUCCAGGCCUUGGUUGCACUAGUUUGGAGAUCAAUCACACGGGCUCGUUGUCUACACCCAGAACAAGAAACAACUUGUAAGCUAGCGAUUGAUGAUAGAUGGAGACUAAAUCCCCCUUUGUCCAAGGAGUAUUUUGGAUGCUACAUCGACAUAUUGACGACCGCUAAAACCAAGACAAGGGAGCUGCUUAAUCACGACCUUGGUUGGGCAGGUUGGACUCUGCACAAGGCUGUAGUUGGUCGCACUGAUCAAAAUGUUAGGAAGUGGUUGAGUGACUGGAUAAAAGAACCUAAGAUUUUUCAAACUAGACCCAAUAAUGAUCAGGCAUGUAUUCUAGUGGGAGGGUCACCAAGAUUCGAUACUUAUGGAUGCGAUUUUGGCUGGGGUAAGCCUUUGACGGUUCGUAGCGGAUGGCCUUUUAAGUUCAAUGGGAAUGUGUUGACAUAUCCAGGUCGGGCCGGUGGAGGGAGCACAGAUGUCGAGAUCUGUCUUUCGUCAACAGCCAUGUCUGCACUUGAAUGUGACGGGGAAUUUAUGAGCGCGGUUCGUUAAGACGAGAAAUCGUGUUCACAGACGCUGAAAAUGAAUUAAAAGUUGGGUUUGCUAAUGUAAUAUUUUCCAAAUGUCAUCCUGUUUUAAUCUUAAUUCUUGGGUAGUUUAUUUUGUUCUUAUCAAAAAAUAAAUAAAGCCGUGUGUUUUACAUUAUAAAA